CCACAUCCACAAACCCCGUUGUUUCGGUUACACGACCACCUCCUCGACUCUCUCCCUCGGUCGGCCACUCCCCAAAAUGGCCAAUCCCCUCUCGCUGUUCCUCCUCUUCCUCCUCAACGUCGCCGCCGCCGCCCGCGCCGGCACCGACGGGCCGGACCCCUGCGCGGGCCGACGGAUCCACAUCCGCCGCGUGCCCCCUCGCUUCAACGCCGACCUCCUCCGCCACUGCGGCGCCGACGCCUUCCCGCUCUCCGACGCGUCCGCGGCGGCCACCUCGGCCCCGCCCUGCGAGUCGCUCGCCAACCACGGCCUCGGUCCGCGCACGCACCCGCGCAGCCGCUCCUGGUACCGCACCGACGCGCGGCUCCUGGAGCCCUUCUUCCACCGCCGCGUCCUGGAGCGGGGCUGCAUCGCCGACGACCCGGCCCACGCCGACGCCGUGUUCGUGCCCUACUACGCGGCGCUCGAUGCUCUGCCGUACGUGCUCGACCCGGAGCUCCUCGACGCCUCGGCCCAGCACGGCGUGGAGCUGGCCGAGUUCCUCGCGCGGGACCAGCCGUGGAUCCUGGCGCGCCGACGGGGCCACGACCAUUUCCUGGUGGUGUCGGGAUCCGCGUGGGACUACGCGCAGCCGCCGGACGCGGAGCCGAGGAUGUGGGGCACGACGUCGCUGCUGCGGCUGCCGGAGCUGGCCAACUUCACGUUCCUGACGCUGGAGUCCCGCAUAUGGCCGUGGCAGGAGCACGCCAUCCCGCACCUCACGUCGUUCCACCCGGCGUCGCUCCCGCACCUACGCGCCUGGCUCGCCCGCGCGCGCCGGUCCGGCCGCGGCACGCUGAUGCUCUUCGCGGGCGGCGUCUCGCGCCCAUCCCGGCCCAACAUCCGGGGCUCCAUCCUCGCCGAGUGCGCUAACCGCACCGACGCGUGCGCCGUCGUCGACUGCUCCGGCGGCAAAUGCUCGCACGACCCCGGCCGGUACAUGCGCGCCAUGCUCAAGGCCAAGUUCUGCCUGGAACCGCCGGGGGACACGCCGACGCGGCGUUCCACGUUCGACGCCAUCCUCGCCGGCUGCGUGCCCGUGUUCUUCGAGGACCUCGCGGCGCGGAGCCAGUACGGGUGGCACCUGCCCCCCGCGCAGUACGACGAGUUCUCGGUGCACAUACCCAAGGAGACCGUGGUGUUCGGCGGCGUCAGCAUCGCUGAGACGCUCGAGGCCGUGCCGGAGGGCGAGGUGCGGAGGAUGCGGAAGCGCGUGCUGGAGAUGGCGCCGAGGGUGGUGUACCGGCGGCAUGGCAGCACGGACGAAUUGAAGGGGGUCGUGAAGGACGCUGUCGACCUCGCCGUGGAUGGUGUCCUGCGGAGGAUUCGGAGGCGGACGCGCGCGCAGGAGGGGCUGCCCGAUAGGAUUUACGCGAUGGAGGACGACAGCAUCGAGAUGUAGGAUCAGGGAUUCAGGGUAACCGGGAACAUCAGCUGUGCGAUUGUACAAGAGAGAUUCCAAUAGAGAUUUAUUUCGUGUCCCAAAUGUGUCCUUGCUGUUGGAGCAUCGAGAAGAUGAUGGAUUGGACAAGAGAGAUUCCAGUAGAGAUUUAUUUCGUGUCCCAAAUGUGUCCUUGCUACUCCAGGAGGUCAUGUGCAACGAGUAAACGAAGCAAUGUGUUGGGAAACAAGCACAAGAAUUGAGAAAUAUGGCUAGUGCUGAUGAAGUGGGAGAUGAGUUCAGAAUUUGGACAAAGUCAUAGCUAUUCGGAUCUUUCAAUUCAUUACAUAGGCUCUGCAUUUUAUCUGAAUUUUACCUGAUAAAGAAGUUAACAAAAAUGUGGAGCUUAUAGUGUUGAAGAUGAUAGGGAUUGUUGCUAAGUGAUGGACAGAUUCAACUUUGUGAUUGUAUGCUGCUGUUGCAUUGGUACCAGAUUCUAUCAAGUGCUUGUUACCUUCCCUAA